GUCCUCAUCGGCCUGGAAGGCCCUACUAAAUCUCCCACAUCCUUCACAGGAUGAGUGUGGAGCCGGGGCUGUCCGACCCUGCAGGAGCAGCAUACGGCUCAGAGCCCAUUGCUGGCACCUGAUUGGUCAUCUUCCACUCUGCCCCUACCAGUCCGAGCGGUCACAGGCAUAAAGCAUGAAGGGCCUCUCGAGCAGCCGGAGCCACCCCCAUGGGAUGGCCUGUGAGGCGGCUUACGACUCCAUGUCGCGCCGCACUGGCCGCCCGGCCUACCUGCUGAGCUCUGAUGAGACGCACCCCGCCGACCACCCCUACUACACCCAACGCAACUCCUUCCAUACUGACUAUGCGGCGCCCUACAGUGAGAUGGUCUGCAGCACCUUUCCCCGGAGACACUAUAGCUCUCACCAUGAGAUGAAGGCUGAGUGCCAGGCGGUGGUUCCAUUCCCCGGCGGUUCCGGCAAAGGGGGCCGUGCCGUCUCCCACAACCUGUUGGAUCAGUUUGAGAGAAGGUUGCCGGCCGCUCGUGAUGGCUUCCACACACUGCAGUAUAAGCGUACAGCUGCAGUGGAACAGCGCAGUGAUAGCCCAGGUCGCAUCCGGCACCUGGUACACUCAGUUCAGCGGCUCUUCACCAAGUCCCAGUCCCUGGAAGGACCCGGAAAAGGCGGAGUCAACAGCGGCAAGGCUGGGCCGGAUGAGGCGCCGGCUCCUCGUCAAGGCAAGCGCAGCAAGAGCCGGGACCGCUGCAAGACGACGGCAGACCCCCAAACGCGAACCGCUAUCUCAGGCUACUGGAGCUCUGAUGACAACCUGGACAGAGAUGUCCGCCUGUACCGCAGCCCCUCUGGCGCCAUGACAAUGGGCCGGCGGCCCGACAAGUCCCAGUCGCAUUACUACCUGGAGACCUACAACACCAUGGGUGACCGCACCCUCAAGACAUCGCGCAGCAACAACGACGUUAAGUGCUCUGCCUGUGCCAGCAUGCCUGUCAACCUGGACACACCACUGGUGAAAAAGAGCUCCUGGUCCUCCAUGCUCACCGUCAGCAGGGCCCGCGAGGUUUAUCAGAAGGCCUCCGUCAAUGUUGACAAGGCCCUGGUGAAGUCUGAGACAUGUAAGCAGGAGCGGUCGUGCCAGUUUCUACAGGUUCCCCAGGACGACUGGGGGGGGCUGUCGUCCUUGGGGAAGGAUGAGGAAAUCCCGUGCCGGCGCAUGCGCAGCGGCAGCUACAUCAAGGCCAUGGCAGACGAGGACAGCGGCGACUCGGACGGCAGCCCCAAGCCGUCGCCCAAGGCCCAGGCGCGGAGGGCCAGCUACCUGAGGGCCACGCAGCCCUCGCUGACCGAGAUGACCACGCUGAAGAUCUCCACGGAGCACUCGCCCAAGCUGCAGAUCCGCAGUCACAGCUACCUGCGGGCGGUCAGCGAGGUCUCCAUCAACAGAAGCCUGGACAGCCUGGACCCCACGUCGCUGCUGGCCUCGCCCAAAUUCCGCUCGCGCAAUGAGAGCUACAUGCGGGCCAUGAGCACCAUCAGCCAGGUGAGCGAGGUGGAGGUGAACGGGCAGUUCGAGUCCGUGUGCGAGUCAGUGUUCAGCGAGCUGGAGUCACAAGCUGUGGACGCACUAGACCUGCCGCUGCCGGGCCAAUUCCGCAUGCGCAGCCACAGCUAUGUGCGAGCCAUCGACCAGGGCUGCUCGCCGGAAGGGGACGGUGCCUGCACCCCCUGCCGGGCCGUCUCCCCGCCCCGGACCGCCACCACCGUCAGGACCAUCCAGAGCAGCACAGUGUCAUCAUGCAUCACCACCUACAAGAAGACCCCGCCCCCGGUGCCCCCUCGCACCGCCGCCACCGCCACCAAGCCCUUCAUCUCCAUCACCACGCAGAGCAGCACCGAGUCGGCGCAGGACGCCUACGGCGAACGGUCAGGGGGGCGCGCCGACAGCCAGUCACGCCUCAGCGACUCCACGGAGAGCAUAGACAGCAUGAAGGCACUGACGGCGGCCAUUGAGGCGGCCAACGCGCAGGUGCACGGCCCGCCCAGCCAGCACGUCAGCAGCAGCACCGUCACCAUCACCGCCACGGCGUCCACCGUCACGCAGCUCAGCGAGGACGGCAAGAAGGACGCGCUGCGGCGAAGCCAGUGCCUCUCCAUCGGGAUCCAGGUGGACAGCCCUGACGACACCCUGGGUGCAGGGGAGCACUGCCGGUUCCAGUCGGUGGGGAUCCAGGUGGAGGAGCGCUGCAGCUAUCGGCGGCUGACGCGCUCCGACAGCGUGACCACAGCUGUACAGGCCGACCUGGACCACCUGGAGGCGCUGAGCGGGCUGGUGGACACCCCAGUGGCAGGACCGCCCUCGUCAGGCCCCAUCCCCCGGCAGCGAUCCCGUGAUGCCGGCACCUCCACGGUGAGCAUCCAGGGCUCAGGAAACCACUACCACCCCUGUGCGGACGACGACUACCCUGCAGCUGCCGGCCAUGACGACAGCGACGUGGGCUUCGACCCGUCCAUCCUGCCGCCGCCGGACCCCUGGAUCGACGCAGUGGAGGACGACCCCAGCGAGGCCACACAGGCCUAUGUAUGCCAGCGGGACGGACACUGGUUCCUAAAGCUGCUGCGGGCGGAGACAGAGCGAAUGGAGGGCUGGUGCCGCCAGAUGCAGCAGGAGGAGCUGGAGAAUGACCUGCCAGAUGAGAUCCUGGGAAAGAUCCGGAGUGCGGUGGGCAGUGCCCAGCUGCUCAUGUCACAGAAGUUCCAGCAAUUCCGAGAGCUCUGUGAGGAGAACCUGAACCCCAACGCCAAUCCGAGGCCCAUCUCACAGGACCUGGCCGGCUUCUGGGAUAUGCUUCAGCUAUCCAUCGAGAAUAUCAGCCUCAAGUUCGACGAGCUGCACCAGCUCAAAGCCAACAAAUGGAAGCCUCUGGCGGUCCCAGAGAGGAAGGCCAGGAGGGUGGCCCCCGUGGUGCCCAGGAAACCCCCAAAGGGGCCCCUGCCCAUGGCGAGGGACCGGUCCCUGGAGAGCACGGAGAGGCAGCGGCAGGAAGCACGCAAGAGGCUGAUGGCGGCCAAGCGCGCCGCCUCAGCCAGGCAGAGCUCGGCCACCGAGAGUGCCGACAGCAUCGAGAUCUACAUCCCUGAGGCUCAGACACGCCUCUGAGCCAGCGGAACCGCACGGGGAACCAUGCACAGGGAACCAUGCACACACACACAAACACGGGCAAAGGGCAAAGUCAAGGUGCUCAUAACAUCAUCCCUCGGCACACGUCAGGGAUAAUAUAUAAUAUCAAAUCAAAGGUAGUGGGCUGCAUCGACAACUGUUAUCAAAUAAACUGUUGAAAUAUAAAAUCCAGAAAACGAAGGAGUGUAUUUUUAAUAUGCGUCAAAAUAUACUGCAUAUGUUAGGGACUAGAUCUGUUUAUUGUUUGUCAUUCUGCAAACAGUAUCUGAAAUCGACCAUGUAGACAAUGGAAUGUAGGCUUCGUAUAUGCCAGGUAGCUCUGAGGCUAAUUAUUCUUUCUGAUGCGUGCAGUAUAUUUUGUGCCAAAUUAAAAGUAUGUUUUGUUUUUCGUUUUGGUA